AAGAAGAAUUAAUAACACAACCGAUCCAAACCCUAGCAGCCAAACGGUCAAGAAAUGCUAAAAUAUAUCCUGAACAAUACACAGGAUUUGGAGGACAUCUAGAAGAAUAUGAUAAAACAUAUUGGAAUUGCAUAAUUAGAGAAACACAAGAAGAAAUAGGAUUUCAACUAAAACCAGAAAGAUUACAAUUCAUACGAACACAUGACUAUUUAUCUAAAAACAAAUCAGGAACAGAUCCUAUUACCAACACCGAUAGAAACAAAUCUUUUGAACUAAUAUAUUAUAUAGAAAUAGCAAUGUACUUAUAUUUAGCAUUACCACACGAAUGGAAUAACAUCAAACACAAAGAACCUGAAAACAUGAGUAAACCUCAAUGGAUGACAAGAAACCAAAUGAACUAUCAAAUAUGGACACCAUCCAUUCAAUAUUAUAAAGACCAACUCUUUGACGAGUAUAUACCACAAUACCUUGAAGAAUGGACUAAUUAUGAAAAGAUUACCAACAAUCUAUUCCAACAACAAUUUCCAGAUAAAAAAAUUCCAAAUGAAUACAAAACACCAUAUGAUGGUGACAAACAAGAGAUUAUGGCAGAAAAGCCUAAUCACCUGUGA